AUGACAGAUUACUGGUCUACUUGCUUCCGGUUUCCGUCAACGUGGGACGUUGUUUUUCGAUCUUUGAUCUAUCUACGUGUUUGCCACGGUUGCAGGGCUGAGUUCAUUGAACUGUACAAGAGAAGAAUGCAGUGUAUUGUGUUGUUUGCGAGUAUGGCACUCCUUGUUGGAGCUGUGCAUGAGAAGGCUCACCACACCGGACACCACGAGCGUCAUGACCCCAUGGAUGUCCCGAAAGAUGUGGACGGCCAUCACAACCCAGAGUAUGACGAGGAGGCCAUGCUAGGAACGCAUGAUAUUGGAGGUAUUUCCACUGAAGAACUGAAGGAACGGCUUGGUCUUCUCUUCAAAGAGCACGACAAAAAUGCUGAUGAGAAAAUAACCAAGGAAGAACUUAUGGAAUGGAUGCUUGCAUCAUUUAGACAUAUGGACGAAGAAGAAGGGAGAAUAACCUUUAAAAAAGAUGAUGAAGACUCUGAUGGGAAGGUCACUUGGGAGGAGCUGGUGAAAAGUCAGUAUUCGCUCAGCAUGGAUGACAUUAAAAAAUUAGGUGGCUCCGAAGAGGACAAAAGCACAAUGCAGAUGCUGGCCGAGGAUGAGAAACGCUUCAAGGGAGCCGACUUGAACCAAGACGGGCAGCUUGAACUGGAGGAGUACAAGGCCUUCUACCACCCAUACGACUACGAGCACAUGCACAUCUUCGAGGUGAACCGCGAACUCGAGGAAAAAGACAAAGAUGGCGACAAGAAGCUGUCUCUGGAGGAGUACAUUGGUGAGGAUGCAGACCCUGAGUUCCACCAUGAUGAGGAAGAGCGGUUCAAGUCUUACGACACCAACGGAGACAAGUUCUUGAGCGUCGAUGAAUUGAAGAAGUACAUCUUGCCCGACAACUCGGAGACAGCCAAGGAGGAGGCAGAUCAUCUGAUUGGUGAAUGUGACAAGGACAACGACCUCAUACUGACGAGAAGUGAGGUCAUCGAUUGUGCCGAGACCUUCAAAGACGUACAGGCAGUGCCAGACACUUACAGGGAAGAGUUGUAAUGAGUCGUGUAAAUCUAAGUGUAUUCACGGUGGAGAUGUGGUCAAAGGAAGGUUACUACCUGUUAUUAUUAAAACCUCAAUGCAGCUACACAGUCAAUUAAUUAAAUGAACUAGUGUUAAACAAAAUCUUUUUUCAGUUUUUUUUUUAUUAAAGUAAUUAAUGAUUGAUUUUGAUUAUUCCGAUAUUUUGAUAUAACCAUAGUAAAAACAUUUCUUUCUUUUGAUUUUGAUUUUGAUUAUGGGUAAAUAAAGAACAGUCUACAGGCUGCAAAUUUAAAAGGAUUCCAUGCUUCCACAAUUUUGCGUUGGAAGCGUAAGAUUAUGAAAUGAAAUCCCAAAAUAUUUACAUUAAAUUAUGUUUACAAUUCUACAGAAUCCUAAAAAACAAAUAUCCCCAAAUGCAAUGCCUGAUAUAACAUUUGAAUAUUUGCACAUAGGGAAUUAAAGUAGACAAAUUAAUAUUAAAAAAAGAAGAAAAGAUGGAUACAUGUAUGAAAUGCGUGUAAUAUUAGCAGUGUAGGGACUCAUUUAUGCAAGUAAAGCAAAGGGUAUGUGAGCAAUGACUUUGCAGCAAAUUUUCAAGAACUGUUCAAGUCCAUUAUAUAUUUAAUGCUGUGAAGCAAUUUUUUUUUGGGGGGGGGG